AUGGGGGAGCCUGAGCAUGCUUCCGUGCAUAACUAUGCAUACAACCCCAGUGUCGCCAGCUGGGUGCAAUCAACCUCGCUGGCUCAACUCGAUCACCACCCUGAUGAACCCUCAGAAGACUCGCCUGAUGACUUCUACAAAUCAAACUUCGCUCCGCAGACCCACUCCGGCUCGACCCCUUUCGACGAAGACAUGACGACCGCGACAGCGACGACCCGGCAGCGACAGCAGAGUUCCAACGGAGCCGUGCGAUCGAGUACCAAACCUUCCUCCACAAUCAGAUCAGUCUCUGGUCCCGCCUCAUCUCUCCCUCCAUCUCGUUCGAAUCCUCAAAUCCCCGUAAAUCGUCCCACCGUGAGAAGUCUUGCUCAAAAGUUCAAUCACCCGUCGUCUGUUGAGACAACACCACCCCAGCCGUCGAGAACACGGCAAGUUCGACCUUCUCCGUCCUCAAAAUCGACAGCAGGCGCGUCGUCGCCCGCAGCUUCCCCCUCGUCGAACCAUGGAACAAAGGAAGCCGCAUAUGGAGCAUACAGAUUCAACAACCUGAAGCCAAGAGAGAGGCCGCAGCCUGCACCAGCUUCGCCUGCUAGUGUUCGGCGCACCCACGGCAUCAGGACAAGUUCAGAUCAACAGGCAUCUCCCUCACCUGCGAGAAGAAAUGUAGCGUCACCCACGCGGAGUCAGACCCAGCCAGUGGCGUCGACGCGGCAACCCUUCUUCGGAGAGGUUGUGGGCAAUUAUGAUGAAUCUACUCCUGGUUUUGGCAUACCCAUGGCAGAAUCCCAUUCCCAUGGAUCUGAAAGCCAAGAAACAGCGCCGUCGGAAACGUCUACAAUCAAACUGGUGUGCGAUGAUUCGCAACUGUCGCCUGCACCGCUCGUACUUCGCAAACCAGCACCUCGAUACUACGCAAAACCUCUUGAGAUGUCUCCAGUGCAGGAUUUGCGGUCGCACGAGCGCCGUCAAUCUCCCCCGUCUCGAAUUCCUGUAGCUCGCCGUCGGAUGAGCAUUACCUCAGAUUCCAGCUCUUCCACGCGUUCCCACAAAGCCGGCUCCUCACUGCCGAGAAGUGUGAAUAAGAGACCGUCUCCAACAUCAUUCAACAGACCGGUCGCAGCAAAACAGGUCACGCCCAACAAGAAAUCGGGAGCACCUUCGCAUAUAACUUUGCCCGCCACAAGCUACCGGGAUUAUCGCGAACGGGGCAAAUCUCCGAAAGGAUCAGCUGAAGGAACCAGUCUUGCAGUUGUAGUUACUCCGAGUCCACAGCCAGUGUCGCCCCGCCUUCGACAUUCGAAUGAGCGCCAGUUGAUUGCCCAAGAAUCGCCCUCGAAACCAAAGAGUAUUGACACACCAACCAAGAAGGAACUCGAUGUACCCCAGCAAGAGCCUGUCAAACCAUUGGGGUCACCAAUGAUUCGAAUGGUGGAACCGGACGAGGGCCUCGAUCUGGGCGAUUUCGCAGAGUUUGCGGAUGUUACAGCACCCCAAUUUGACCAAAGCCGCCGUAGCUCGAAUGUCUUAGGGUUACACAUAGAACAUCAGCCAGCCAAUGUAGCGCCGCAAUCGGAUUCAUUGGCUAUUCGAACGUCUACAUUGAACGUCCCCCCAAUGGCAGAGCCGCUGUCUUCGACUACCGAUUUCGAGCAGACAGAAUCUCCUAUACUAGGUAUGCCGGGAAGCUUCUUAGCAACACCGCCGAUGUUGCAGCAGUAUUCUCCCUUGAUUCCUCCAGAAACAUCGCCAGCAAUGGUUCCACAAAUGUCGCCAACCUUCGCUCAGCAACUCUCGCCCGCGAAACCUCAGUCUAUGCCGGGGAGCCCUACAAAAGCUUCCAUGGAAACAAGCCCACAAUCUGCUGGGGAACUACUACAGGCACGUGCUUUUGUUCCUCCAAGCAAAGAACCAGUUAUAGGACAUGCCCAUGAAGCGGACCCACCAAGUGCUACAUCAAUAUUGAGCGUCGGAGAAUCAAUUCCUAUCAUGCUCGGUUCAGAAGCACGGCCUGACUGGUCCACCACACACAACCGUCCAAGACAUUCUCCACGUCUAAGUAUCGGUGCUCACAAAUGGCGUGCGGAUCCUCUCGAUUCUUCCGGAACUAUUGCGUAUCUUGACGAGGACGAUUCGCCCAUCGAUUCACUCUCAAAUAGGAAGACUCUCGGACCCGACGAUUCGGCAAGCAAUAUUGCUUUUUACCGUCGAAAUGACAAUGAUCCUCCCAAUUGGACACCUCCUGUGCCUCCUAUUCCCGACGUCAACGGUCUUACUCUUGACAGCAAGGCAUAUAGUGUCAUUAACGAAGUCUUAAAUAUGUAUCACCAAUCUGACCAAAUCACGGCCGAAGUCGCGUCCACGGCGAAACACAAGAUCCAGCAAGCCUCACCCAUCGUCGCCCAACACAAAGAUUGGGGCUCCAAAGAAGCAACCGAAACUUAUCUCGCGCGAUUACUCAGUGACGCGGCGACGGCUGGCAGCUAUGCUGGUGACCAAGCAAUUGCAUCGCCAAAACGGACUAGCGAGUAUCCUCCGCAUCCAGCGCAUGCAGCGAAUCUUGCUCCAAAGCCUCUCGGUUUUGAUGAAGAACCAGAACAAGGUAUCAGUGGCGGCACGGCAAUAAUCUUCCAAACAGAAUCUCGAAGGUACUCACGCGGCUCCCAUGGCUCUGCGACAACAACGAUAUAUGAAGGUAGCCGGGCCGACAGUUCCUCCGGCAACCUCGCACGUGAUUCACUCCUGGACUCUUCUGGCAAUCACCUUCACGUUGACGAGACGUCCAAACCCCCUAAACCACCGCCAAAAGAUUGGAGAUACUCGCCUUCUCCUGAGGUCGGCCAUUCCCCUGCUGCCUCAAGCAGCACAGAGCGGUUGGGUCGUCAAUUUGGUACUUUGCUUCCUGAACUUGAGCACGUUGGUGAAGGCCUUGGUCUCUCUCUAAAGGCAGGCCGCCAACAAGCUUUGCGCUCGAUUGGUUACCCACCGCCUCGUCCUCCAUACUCACCCCCUCCCCCGCCUGGUCAGAUCACCAUGGGCCAACAAUCUUCUCAUUCAAACUCUGCUGCGCCUUAUACGCCCAGCAUCUAUGGGAAUCAGCCACCGUCCAGUGUGGUCCCGCAAGCACCAUUGCCUGGUGAUCCACCAAGGAUGUCUAUGUUUGCAGGUCCUCCCUUUGGCAGGCCUGAUGAAGGACCAGAUGGAGAGAGCCUCCCGCCUCGGUCAACUGAGGAUGCAAGUGGUUCAAAGGGAAAAGAACGCGCAACAACUGAUGAUUUGGCUGUCAACACUGAGAGUGGUGAAGUUGCCUCUUCCGGAUCGGGUCCCAGCGGUGAUAGCGACGAUGCAAGCAUGCAACGCCUGAAGCGUCGAUAUCGCGUUAUGGAAGAAAUUGCGAUGACCGAACACACUUUCCUCUGUGAUAUGAUGGUAGCUCACCGAAUGUGGGCCGCAUCUUACACAGUCAUCUCCACGGAUGAGCGUGAGAAACGCACUCUCUUUUGCAACGUCGAAGAGUUAUCCAAGGUGUCUUACCUGAUUUGGGACGAUAUUCGAGAGGCGAUUGGCUGGGUUUUCAACCAAGAGAUUCCACCUCCAGAUGGAGAGGAGCGCGAUCCGCCAUAUGACGAGUUCCUCAAUCUCAACGAAAACCGUGACCGGAGAACGACCGUUGGAGCAGUGUUCCUCAAGUAUAUGCCACAGUUGGAGCGUGUCUUCAACACGUACCUCCUAAACCAUGAGGAUGCCAGUGCUCUGAUCAAGCAGAAAUCGAAAGAGCCUCCUUACCUUGGCUGGCAGAUGGCCUGCUACAAUGAGUCUAAGGGGCUCACUAAUGCUUGGGAUCUGGAUUCCCUGUUGGUCAAACCUGUCCAGCGAGUGUUGAAGUAUCCACUCCUGCUCGAGGAGCUGGAAAAGGUGACGCCUGAAGACCAUCCCGAUUUUGCCAACAUCAGCAGCGCUCGCAAGGAGAUGAUCGCGGUCAGCACACGAAUCAAUCAAAAUAAACACCGCAAGGAAACCUUGCGUGCAGCUGCGCAGGAAGGCAAAAAGGAAAAGAACAAAGGGUUUCGAGGAAUGGGCUUUGUCAAGGCCUUAACCAACAAGACUACCGAUAAAGUCAAACAGCCAUCCACAGCCGAAGGCUAUGUCGACAAUGAGUACGAGAAACACGCGCAGAAGUUCGGCGGCCAUUUCUUCCAGCUGCAGAUCGUUCUGAAGGACUUGGACAAAUACCAUGAAGAGAUGACUAUGUCCUUCCUGCAGCUCAAUAUCGUCGCGCUUGGCUUCAUUCAGGUACUCGAGAGCGCCCCGCCAACACAUACUGAGCUUGCUAGCGCAUGGCGCCAGAAGACGAUGGCUAUGCUCGAGCUUCGUAACGUCCUGCUCGAGGAUCAUAAAAAAGCUGUUCGUCAGCGCAUCGUCAAGCCAAUGCUAGAGCUGUGGAAUCUGCAAGUCCGCCCCCAAAAAUUGAUGGAGCAACGGAAGAAGCUCCUUCCGACAUACAUCAAGUACAAGGCGCUUAUCGACCGAGGCGAGAAGGCUGACUCCAAGCUCGAAGAUAUUGCUGAGUCUUUCGUGGCGGUGAAUGAUGCUCUCAAAUACGAGCUCCCAAAGAUGUAUGAGCUCACGCAAAAGUGUGUGCGAUCCUGUCUGGGCUCCUUGAUAAUGUUCCAAAAGGAUUGGUGGAAGAAUUGCCAGAAGAAGCUCCUUCCUCUUCUCGAUUAUGAGCCAGAGCACACGACGUCUUUCACUCACGACAUGCAAUGCUAUGUUGACCGAUAUGGCUCAGAUGUCUCGAGCGUCCAAAAUGCCGUCAACCACUUGGCAAUCUGCAAUGGAAGCUUGGUUAAUGACAUGGCCAACUUCAUGUCUCCUCUGCCGACUUGGGCUGGAGAGGACAGCUCUUCUCGCAAGUCGUCUUCUCGUCGCACUGAGUCUAUCAGCAGCGAUCUAUCUACUGCUGAGCCUCGCUCUCGCCGCAGCGGCGGUUUUACUCAUCGCUCGACCACGCAGUCCUUUGAAGGACCGCCUCGUUCCGCCCCACAUGACCGCGUUCACCAGGCCACUAUUGCCGGCCCCUCUGCUCCUCGAGCCUCUCGUGAUCGUGGCGACCGGCCUCUUCGUUCUGAACGUGUGCCAACUGACAAGACCGAAGCCGCCACGCCAGAUCGUAAUGGUGCUGGCCGCAAUUUCUUCCCCAGUUUGGAUGGCACUGCUGAUGUGGAUCGUCACCAUUCCGCUCCUGCACUCGCGAGCGCAUAUCUAUCUCCUCAGGCAUCUGCACCGAAUAGCGCCCGUGCUUCAGGCGUAUUCAAUUCUGCACUCCCCAUGCCCGAUUCUGAUCGAGAGGCUUCCUCUGCCGACGAUGUUCCAGGCACACCUGCCGAUGGUGACGAGCCAGAAGUUCUUUUCCUGGCCGCCAGCCUUUUCGAAUUCAACAUUGCCCACGAUCGCCGUGAGGGCGGUAUUCCAUACCUCGUUUACGUCCCUGGAGAAAUUUUUGAUGUCAUUGGAAUGAAAGGCGAGCUAUGGCUUGCUCGAAACCAGGACGAUCCUUCCAAGACGGUUGGUUGGAUCUGGGAGAAGCACUUCGCCCGUAUCUUGCCCGAGGAGAUAUAA